UGUGUGUGUGUGUGUGUGUGUGUAACUCCUUUGCUUUGGAUCACUUGGAAGGCUUCCUUUUCAAAAAGUGAAGUGCAAUGGCUCUCUUUCUCUCAGUUCAAAGAAAUGAGGAAUUUAGAGGACAACAUUCUGUAAUAAAAUAAAUCAGAUUUUAAGAUCUUAUUAGACACACCUGAAGACCCCCUCAUUAAGACCCUCUCCAGGAUUACUAGUGCCAUUCAUAAACUUCCAAAGCUUCAUAAUCUGUCUUCUUAUGUAAUAUUAAUAAGAAAUGACACUAGAUUCCUCACUCCCCUUAAUGCUCUGGGAUAGCUUCUCUUCAUUUUCAAUAUACAAGGCCUGUCUGCCUUCAGAACCUAGCAGUAUUGCUUAAGAGCGCUGUCAGUGCGGACUUUUCUAUGAAUGACUCCAGUGAGCACAAUGAGAAGCUAUUGGGUGAAGACAGCUGUUACAGGAAAGAGCUAAGUUCAUUCAUUCAAAAGUAUUUGCUAGGGGCAGUAGGACCUCUAAGGCUUUCUGGAUGUGGGGACUUUCAAAGACAAUGGGUUGUCAGGUGUUAUGCAAAUGAAGAAAGCAAAGCCGGGCCCUGUCCCCCAAGCCAGCCUAUUUCGUCUGCUAGAGAACAGUUCUUCCUGCCUUAAUGGUUCAUUGUUUCCAUCUUAGGGAAGUGGCCGGGAGGGGAGGGGUGGAGGGUGGAGAAGGCACAGAAGAGGGUAGAAGGAGGUGAUGGAGAAAGCGAAUGGAGACGAGAGUUCCUGGCUUCUGGUGUGGCGUCUUUUCUAUUUGACUUCAUGGUUGUAAGUAUUUCCAGAUGGUGAAUCAGACACCAGACGUAACAAUAUUUCCAUAUUUGGGUAUAGCAGUAGCUUGCGUUUUUAACAUUUUUCUGCCUCUGUUAUCCAACCACAAGGCAUUCUUGACAGCUUCAAAUGUUGUUAAAUAUAGACUUAACUUCUGUUCCCAGAGCAGGAAAUUCUUUGGAAUUCCUUGUUUUUCACGCAAUCUGUCUAUCAUGAUUUAAAAUAAAGUUACAGUGGGUGAUCCAACUGGCCCGAAUAUACUGUGUUCCUUUGCGGGGGGAGGAGGAGCAGCCUAGAGGUCCAGUGUACUGCACAGCGUCCAGACAGACACGCCAUUCCAUAGAUGCCUUUAAAAAUCAGAUUAAAGUUUUCUAACAAGGAUGUGUGGGGUUUUGUUUCUGGUCUCCAACCGGGCAAUCUCAAAGAACGGGGUUGUCCCAGAGGAGAACCAGGACGUUACCAUCAACUGCCCAUUUAAAGCAGCGAGUGUGUGGUGGGAAGAGGUGGGAAGCUGGAGUCCAAGAGGCCAGGAGGUGCCAGAGGAGGAAAGGCUGCUGUAACCUAUGUGCACAGCCUUUGCAGACAGCAUGCCCUGCUUCGCCUGCUGGUAACCAAGAGGAACAGCGGCUUCUUAAGUCCUUGCCUAGGAUGGUGCAGAAACCCCAGACUGGUCCAGAAACCCCAGACGUCCUGUCGCCUUCUCACCUCCUCUGCUGAGAGCUACAGAUCUUUCGUUGACAGACACGGAGGGAAAUGUGCAAAUGGUGUGGGUAAGUGUUGCUUCGGGUGUGCUCAUUUGCAUGACUCUAUCCCCUACCGUCCCUCCACCAGCCGACGUGUUUCUUUGAGCCGCAAGCCACUGAGAAAGGACUGCUUGUCCUCUGCGGCUCCUGGCUCUGGCUGAGAGGUGGAGAGUCUCGCUUGUGACUGCCAGGGAAGUUUAGAUUACCCCAAGAAGGUUUCACUGUCUGGCAGCAAUUGAGACUGAUCAUAAUCCCAAACCUGUCCACUCCAGCUUCCUAGUUUAGUGGGUCUCAGACCAGCAUCACGCCGAGGGUUGCUAGGCCCCACUCCAGAGUUUGUCCUCGGCUGCAUUUUAACAAGGCUCUAGGUGAUGCUGCUGGUCCCACUGCCCUGGAUCACAGGAGUGCCCCCUCCUCCUUUUCCUCCCUCUGUCUCCUCUUUCCUCCCUCCCCUCCCCCUCCCUCCCUCCUUUUCUCUUUCUAUCUCAGUCUCUUCCCUCACCCUAAUACCUUUUUUCCCGCCCCCAUUUCCCCACUUUCGCUUGUGUGUGUCCAUAAUCAGAUAAAGGGUCGCUCACGACCUCACUUUUUUAGCCCUGUUUACAAUGUCUUCAAGAAGCUUUAAGGUGGCACCCUUUAAGGUCACCCUACAUUUUUUGCACCCCUCUUCACUCCCCCACCCUCAUAACUUGGCACGGGCGAGGGCGGGGGUGGCUGGGAUUAUGGUGAUGGUGACAGACAUGCGGGUCGGGAGGGCACGAGGGCACCGGGCCUUGGCCACCGGGAUGGGCCCUGCCGCCGCCGCCGCCCCCUGUGGGCCGCUGGCCCGAGAUCCGCACUCCCGCGGUGGCCGCGACUCGAGGUUUCCGGCGACGCGCAGCACAGGACGUUUCCAGCCUCGGCCCAUAUUUGGUGAAAGUCUUUCGAGACUCCGUCAUCCGGCUCCGAGGGGGCGGCGGUCCUGGGAGCUUGCCCGGCGACCGCGCAGCCGCCGCGGCGUUCCUGAAAAGUGCAUCCCGGCCGCCCACGCCCGGGUUCCCCCCGUCGCAAGGGACCCCAAGGCUGGCGGAGCCCGGAGUCCGCAGCACCUCAAUCCCCGGCCCCCUGCGCGGGAGAGCAGAAACCAGGCCUGCGCUGUGGGAGAGGCUGGUGGCACAGGGAGCUGCAAGGAUUAUGUCACUUUUCCCGUCCACCCCGCUGUUGACUCGUUCUCCCUACGGGGCAGCAAGUGGCCUCUCCGUGCCAGACAUCGAGGGGUUGUUCCCUGACCGGCUUUCACAGUGAAAGAGGCAUUCACUCACAGCAGAAGCAGCCCGACUGCUGCCAGGACCUACUGCCAAUCAACAGCGAGAGAUGGGAAAACUAGCAGUGAGCUGCCAUUUCAACACAGCUUAGUAACUGAAAGAGUCAAAAUUGAUCCUUAUCUGGAAAGAAAAAGUAUAAAAGGCAUCAAGAAACUUCACCUUCAUCUUA